AAUUCAAAUUCUGCAAUUCCAUUAGCAACUGUCAGUUGUCGGUAAUAUAUGAAUGGCAAUAUUACGGCUUCUUUAAAUAAACAGCUGAUCUGUUUGAUUUUAUUUAUCUAAGCGCCGAAAAAUGUUCCUCCCAACCGUCAAAAAAUACGGCCUCGAAGUAGAGGCUCCAUUGAAUGGACUCUUGGAGAUUUGGCCGUCUUAAAAUGUUAAAAACUGUGGAAUUAAAAAAUAAAUUAAAAAUUUUAAUUUAAAGUUACAGCUUUCUUUUUUUAUUAUAUCAGCUGUUGGUGGGAAUGAUAAUUCCAUAUUUCCAAUAACAUCGAUAAAUCAUCGCAAAAAGCACGACUCACACGGGGCGAAUACCAACAUAUUUUGCAAAUGUGGAAAAAGUGGUUUCUUAUGGGAACAUUUACAGGCAACAUACUUCACGUUCACAAAAAAUGUAAUAAAUGUUGAUAGUAGAAUUAGGCUUCUAAGGGAGAUCGAUGCUAUCGUUCAUACAGAUAUACGGACGGACACUGACAUACAUACAUAUAUGUAUAUAUUUGAGUUAGAUGCCGAUCGGAUAACUAACGAAAAAAUUUCAUAAUUUCGAUUUCCAUGAAUAUCCCACACUUACCUUGUGCCUUAAUAACAGAAGAUAACUAAACAAAAAACUUCUGCUUCCUUAAUGCAUUAAAUUGAGCAGCCAAUUUAAAAAGCUAAACUAAAUCCCUGGUCCUAAUUAUUAUUUUAGUCGGUUUGUACUCUACGUUAUGACGAAGAGGUUACGAGUGGCAAUAUUUACUUUUGAAAAUAUCAUAUAAAUUAAAUAUUUAUGUAAUAAAUAAAAUAUAUAAUUUGAAUAUGUUUACUUAAUUAUAAAAAUGAAUAUAUUAUGUUGCAUAGUAAUUCUAAUGGUGACUAUCAAUAAAAGUGUCACCUGUUUCGAACAGUUAAUGAAACCUAAUUUGUCUUCAAGAAAUUUCUCAUUUCACAGUGUUCAUUCUCAAAGAACUAGCAAAUUUCUUUUUGAUACAAUUUUUCGAAUAAGCUCCGGAGUUUCAAGUGCCUUCGGGUUUGACACAGAGGAUGAUGCGGAAAAUAAUGAAAGCACUAAUCUUACCAAAUGCGAUUGCGACUGUGGAUUUUCGAAUGAAGAAAAUCGCAUUGUCGGUGGAAAACCAACAGGAGUAAACCAAUUCCCAUGGAUGGCUCGAAUCAUUUAUGAUGGCAAAUUUCACUGCGGAGGAUCUUUGUUAACAAAAGACUACGUUCUUUCAGCAGCUCAUUGUAUAAAAAAAUUAAGAAGAUCCAAAAUUAGAAUAAUAUUCGGCGAUCAUGACCAACAAAUAACGUCUGAGUCUCAAGCAAUCCAACGUGCGGUAACUGCUGUCAUAAAGCAUAAAAACUUUGAUUCCGAUACCUAUAACAACGAUAUUGCUUUGUUGAGACUAAGGAAACCGAUAAUAUUUUCGAAAAUAAUUAAGCCAGUUUGUCUUCCUCGAUAUAACUAUGAUCCAGCAG